AUGACUGUUGGCUCAAAACUGACUAAAACGAAGCGAAAUGAGUGGUACCUGAAACAGUCGAGUGCUGUGAUUACUGUUCUCGUACUGGUGUUGUUCUUAUCAACAGUUUCAUGUACAAAUCAGGACGCAAUCCAGAAGAGUAUGGAGAAGAAAGAAGAGGUUGCAUUAACAAAAGAGAGAAAGUAUCCCAGAUUGGAUGAAAUGACAGCUAAUAUGACACUCGAUGAUGCUGAAAGGAUGAAUGCUUACUGGAAUCAACACGAUCAUAUCGGUCCAGAGCUACAGGAACCGAAUAGUGUCCGACGAUAUCCAGAUCACAAGUGGUUUGAUUUCCAGGAAAACGGUACUGAGUUCAAAAUACUGCUGACAGGAAACAGUUAUGUCAAAAACCAUCACAAGAUGAUCAUUCAAGAGUGCAAACACCGUGCCACUAGUAUCUCAAUCGAUGAAAUAACAGGUUGCGAACCUCUUGCUGCUCCACACAAGAAAAUCGAUAAUGGAAAGUUUGAUGACAGUUGGGCUGCAACAUGUCCUGCGGAACUGUCAGUGUUUGUGGAUUUCGUAAAAACAACGCAGCCAGAUUACGCUUUCUUAUUGACAAGAUGGUUUGCGGUUGGUGAGCCAUAUGACACUAAUGAGAACGACUUGGAGCAUGAUACAAUCUAUAUCGAAAUGAAGAGUCAAUUGAAACAAAUUCUGCCGAAUAUCAAGAGGAAAUUGUUCAUAUUAGACUCGUUUCCAAGAACAAAUGUAGAUGAAAUACAGAAUAUCGCGAGAGAGAUGAAGGAAGGAAAGAAGACGAUGGAGGAAAUAAAUAAAUCCCUCUACAACCCGACAUCAUUCGAACGUGGACGUCGUCGUCAUGCGGAAUUAGUAAAGAAAGAGUGUGGAUCAAAAUGUGAAUUAAUCGAUUACGUGGAUGCAUUCUGGAACAAAACAAUGAAUGCGUUCCAGUAUUUCGAUAAUCAAGGAUUCUCUUAUUUCACACGUGGUGGUCAUCUUUCUGCUCACGGACUGGAACACGUUCGGCCUAUUUAUGAGAAGAUAUGUUCGAGUUUAUAG